AUGGCUAGUGCUAUUUAUAGAUCACUCGAUGACACAAUCCAGGAGAUUCGGGUGCUCAGAAUUCUCCCAGGUAAAACAGGGUUUCUUGAUGAGAUUCUGGCAUGUACAUUUGAAUACGUUUCAUUGGCGGACAAGCCUACUUUUGCUGCACUUUCCUACACAUGGGGCGAUGUUUUCUAUGAUGAAGGGUAUUCCACAGGUGAUACGAUACCCGAUGAAUGUUCAGCAGGGUUGCCAUCAGCCCGCAUAGCUAUUGAUGGAUUGCCCACGAAAGUUGGGAGGAACCUACUGGAUGCUCUCAAGUACUUUCGAUCCGAAGCGGCAGUAAAAACGACUCAGCGAACGUCCCCGCCAAAGCCUUGCUUUACACCAGAGACUCGUCUUUGGGCAGAUGCCUUAUGUAUCAACCAAGAGGAUUUGAUAGAAAGAAAUCAGCAGGUAUCCAUCAUGCAUCAAAUCUAUAAGCAUGCUUCCCGCAUAUUAGUUUGGCCAAGCAUUCCUCAUUGUGAAGGUCAAAGGGAACUCGCUGCCAUUAUCGACAGUUUUGGAAAUGAUCAUUGGAACACUACUCAAUCGCUUCUAAGAUCACACAACACCAAACUUAUUACCAUUCUUCAAAAUCCUCAGUUCGAUAAAUGCUGGGAAGCACUCGAGAAGAUUCACAAAUCAACUUACUGGAACCGACUCUGGAUUGUCCAAGAAGUCCUGAGCAAUUCUGAAACCUGGGUGUACGUUGGCGAGGAGCUCAUUCCCCUCCUCCCUCUUCUCGCCAUAAGUCUAGCACUCCAAUAUCUAGACAACAGCGAAAUUGAAACUCUUCCGCCAUACACAACCUAUGUCAUCGAAUCUGUUCGAAUCCCUGCCAAUCUACCGCUCCUAGAUGGCAAACUAAAUUUCUCAGACCCAACAGCCAGGCCUAUGGAACUUCUCGAUAUUCUCCAAACAUUUCGCAGAUUCGAAUGCAGAGAUCCACGAGAUAAAGUUUAUGGGCUGGCCGGACUUUCCAACACAUACCACCAGAAACUGACAAUUGAUUACUCCAAGAGCGUGGCUGAAAUAUACAAAGAUGUUGCUCGCCUGAUUAUUGAAACAACACAUCGACUGGAAAUAAUUUGCGCUGAUGAAAACACAAAAUGUCAUUGUCCUUCGGGCUCACACGAGGAUUUAUCUUCACUACCAACAUGGGUACCCAAUUGGUCUUGUAUUCGAGAUGGUACUGGUCUUCGUCCUGGACUCUUAAGAGGUCGAACUGCGGAUCAUUUGUUUCAGUGGAACGCCUCGGGGAAUAUGCUUAUCAAUGCACAAAUUUCCGAGGAUGGCAAUAUGUUAAACUGUAGAGGCGUACAUCUUGCUACUAUUACUCAUAUCGUACAUCCAGUGGAUGAUCAUGGACCUCUAGAUUUUCGCUCUAUACUUGAAUUGUUCCAUAAGACAUAUGAUAUCAAUAGCUCUAACCAAGUCGCGUUAUUUGCAGCGCUGAGAAAAACGCUUUUGAAAACGGGUUAUAUAGGCGAACUCGUAUCACACCACUUACCAGUCCAGGUAUUUCUUAAGAUAUGUAAUAUGUUUCUCGCCCAAACUUCACCACUGCGAGAGAAUGAUGCAGAGCUAGUGAGCCAACUGUUUUACUAUCUCAAAAUGGCAAUGGAGGAUCGAUGUUUCUACACGGGUAUGACGACCGAGGACGGGAGGGGGAACAGCGUAAUGGGUGUUACGUUUCCAUUUUCAAGAGAGGGAGAUGUGAUUGCUGUGUUGCAUGGAUGUAGAUGGCCUGUUUUGUUGAGGAGACGAGGGUUCGAGGAACGGGAUGGGUUUACGGUUCUGGGGGAAGUGUAUGUAAACGGGUUUAUGAAUGGAGAAGGGCUGGGAUUGGAGAUUAGCGAGAAAGUGUUUGAGAUAUAUUGA